CCGGUGGGGGUGGGGAGCGGCACGGCCCGGGCUGCUGGGGCAGCUGGAGCUGGCCGUCGCCGGGAGCCAAGAGGCGGAUCUGCAGCUGGGAGCGCACCCCAGGCCGGCAGAGGAGGCGGCUGCAGCCGGAUCCGGGAGCGCUGCUGGUGGCGGCGUCUCGCGCAGCCAGUGCCUGAGGCGGCGGCGGGGCCCGAGUUACUUAUGGAAAUUGUGGAUUACCUGGACAUCUUAAGACCCAGGAACCCGUUUAUUAAGAAUCUGCUGUCUUGAAAAAUGCAUUUUAUGAAUGCUUUGAAUUAAGAAGGUGUAAACAGUGGUUUGUCAUUUCUGCCACAUAAGAGAUAAUCUGAAUCUUCCCUCGCAGUUGCCCAGAUGCCUAAAACUGGCAAGAACUAGUACUUGGAGUGGUCAUCCUUCAACAGGAAAUACAGAGCUACCUAUGUACUAUAUAAAUGUUAUCUCUUUGAUAACAUUUAAGAUAAUGGACUGCUUUUCUACAUCUAAUUUUCAUACACACAAUUAACACUUGGAGUCUGGAGAAGCAUUUGUUAUGUAUUGAAAGACUGAGUUUUCUCUUUUUGAGUUUUCCAGAUUUAUUAUUUCAUCUGUAUGUUUGAAAUCUCUACAGUCACAUAAACUCCAGACAUAACGAUGGAGCUAUAUGACCCAUCAAGAUAUACAAAAACUAUUGGCAAGCUUUGGAACCAGUUGUUUUUGCAUCUGUUCAACAAUUAAUAUAUUCUCUGCUAAUCAAGAAUAUGGAAGCAAAUAUAGUCAUGCACAUUGUAUUGAUAAAUUGUGACUGUUGAAUUUUUCUGUAACUGGUUACUUUUGUCAUUCAAAUGCAAGUUAUGUCCAAAUGGAUAUAAAGACUAUAUUGGUGUACCUAGCUCCUAGCCAGUGUUGAAGAUAGAAAACCUAUUAUGACUAAUCCUUGGGAAGAAAAAGUCUGCAAAAUGGCCCAAACGAGUUUACUGCAAGGGAAGCAGUUUUACUGUAGGGAGUGGGUUUUCCACAAGCUUCAGCAUUGCCUCCAGGAGAAAACCAGCUGCUGCAAUAGUGCUGUCAACACACCGUCCCUUGUGAUGAAUUCUGGGAAUAAUGCUGGUGCUGUCUCAGGAAAGGCAGCUGCCUGGGGUGUGUUGUUGGUAGGAGGGCCUGGUAGUGGCAAGACAGCCCUGUGUACUGAACUCUUAUGGCCAAGUUCACCUACAAGCUUGCAGAGAGGUUUACAUCGCCAGGCUUUGGCCUUUCAUUUCUGCAAAGCCCAGGACUCUGAUACUUUGUGUGUUGGAGGGUUCGUUAGAGGUUUGGUUGCCCAGAUAUGCCGCAGUGGACUACUCCAAGGAUAUGAGGACAAGCUACGAGAUCCAGCCGUUCAAAGCCUCUUACAGCCUGGGGAAUGUGAGAGGAACCCAGCAGAAGCAUUCAAAAGGUGUGUGCUGCUCCCGCUCCUGGGCAUGGAGCCCCCUCAGCAGAGCCUAUUCCUGCUGGUGGACUCUGUGGAUGAAGGGUGCAAUGUCACUGAAGGAGAACAGACUGCCACCAGYUUAUCUGGGACUGUCGCGGAACUGCUUGCUGGUCACCAUGAGUUCUUCCCACCGUGGCUCCUGCUUCUCCGUUCUGCCUGAAAACAGAGUAAGGCUGUUACUAAAAUGUUUACUG